AUGAAAUCUUUAACAAAUAAUUUACCUGCAACUCAAGCAUUAGCAUUAGGAAUAGCAUUUGCUGCAAAUAUAGGUGGAGCAUCAACUCCAAUAUCAAGUCCUCAAAAUAUUAUUGCAUUUCAAAAUAUGAAAAAUUCAAGUUGGGGAUCAUUUUUAGGAGUUUCUUUACCAACAACAAUUAUAUCAUUAUUAUUAACUUACGGAUUAUUAUUAUUAACUUUUCAAACUAAAAAUGUUAAACUAUUAAAAGUUCAACCAAUAAAAGAAAAAUUAACAACAAAACAAAUAUUCAUAUGUAUUGUUUCAUUAACUACUAUUUUAUUAUGGUGUGUUAUGUCACAAAUUGAAAAUACUUUUGGAGAAGCUGGUAUUAUAAGUAUUAUUUCAAUGGUUUUAUUUUUUGGUACUGGAAUUUUAAAUACUUCAGAUAUAAAUCAAUAUCCUUAUAAUAUUGUAUUUUUAGCUUGUGGUGGUAUUGCAUUAGGAAAAGGUUUAAUUUCUUCUGAAUUAUUAGUAACAAUUGCACAAGCAUUACAAAGACGUAUUGAAAAUUUUAAUGUAUUUGCAAUAAAUAUAAUAUUUGGUGUAAUAUCAGUUGUUAUAGCAAGUUUUAUAUCUCAUACAGUUGCUGCAUUAAUUUUAAUCCCAUUAGUUAAAGAAGUUGGUCAAUCUCUUGGAAAAGAUCAUUCAAGUAUGCUUAUUUUUGGUACUGCUAUGUCUGCAUCUUUUGCAAUGUCUUUACCACUGAGUGGUUUUCCUAAUAAUACUGCAAUUUCAAUGGUUGAUUCUUUGGGAAAUAGAUAUUUAACUGUUGGAACUUUUAUCAAGAGAGGAUUUUUAGCUACUGUUAUUUGUUUUGUAAUUUCUAUAACUGUGGGUUAUGGUAUUAUGUCACUGUUUGGUUUUUAA